AAAAGUUAACUCAAAAUGGAUUAGAGACUUAAAUGUAAGACCUGACACUGUGCAUCUCCUAGAAGAAAACAUGGAUGAAAGGCUCCUUGACACUGGCCCUGGCAAUGAGUUUUUGGCUAUCACGUAAAAAGCACAGGCCUACGAAAGGAAACAAACAAGCAGGACUACAUCAAACUAAAAACUUCUUCAAAGCAAAGGGAAGAAUCAAGAAAAUAAAAAAGCAACCUAUGGAACGAGAGAAAAACCGAAUAUCCUAUAAAGGGCUGUUUCCCCUGUCGACACUCACCCAGGCUGGGGGUCCACAGGAGAUGACCCGACAAUUGACGCCCAGGCAUGGAGCUAAGAGGGAACACGGUGAUCUCACAGUCGCUCAGGAGGAUGGCACACAGGUUGGCCGCGUUCAUCUCUUGGGGCUAAGAUGGAUCUUGUACUCAAUGCUGCUGAUUAUUAUUUUUUUACGCCAUACGUAUAUCCAGCCACGUGGCCAGAGGAUGACAUCUUCCGACAAACUAUCAGUCUCCUGAUUGUAACAAAUAUUGGUGCUUAUAUCCUUUAUUUCGCCUGUGCAACACUGAGCUAUUAUUUUGUCUAUGAUCAUUCAUUAAUGAAACAUCCACAAUUUUUAAAGAAUCAAGUUUCUCGAGAGAUUAAGCAUACUGUCCAGGCCUUGCCAUGGAUGAGUAUUCCUACCGUGGGCCUGUUCCUGCUGGAGUUGAGAGGUUACAGCAAAUUAUAUGAUGAUGUAGGAGAGUUCCCAAAUGGCUGGUUCCAGGUACUGGUCAGUGUGGUGUCUUUCCUCUUUUUCACUGACAUGCUCAUCUACUGGAUUCACAGAGGCCUUCAUCACAGGCUGGUAUACAAGCAUAUACAUAAACCUCAUCAUAUUUGGAAGAUCCCUACCCCAUUUGCAAGUCAUGCUUUUCACCCUAUGGACGGCUUCCUGCAAGGUCUACCUUACCAUAUAUACCCUUUUGUUUUCCCAUUACAUAAGGUGGUUUAUUUAGGUUUGUAUGUCUUGGUUAAUAUCUGGACAGUUUCCAUUCAUGAUGGUGAUUUCCGUGUCCCCCAGAUCUUAAUGCCAUUUAUUAAUGGCUCAGCUCAUCAUACAGACCACCACAUGUUUUUUGACUGCAACUAUGGACAGUAUUUCACAUUGUGGGACAGAAUUGGAGGCUCAUUCAAAAAUCCUUCCUCCUUUGAGGGAAAGGGACCACUUAGUUAUGUGAAGAAGUUGACGGAAGAAAUGUGCAACAGCCAUUCAGAAAAGGGUGGUAAAAAUGAAAAAUUACUCAAUGGAGAAUUUACAAAGACUGAGUAGAUGAUUGCCCAAUUAUUCUUAAAUGUUUUUAAUAAGGAAAAACACUCUAUGUACAGCCAAGAUGCAUAGCGUUGGUAUCAUGUGUAAAUCAGCAUUUUGAGUACUGCUGAGAAAUGAUCGUGAAUGGUAAUAAGAAGAUGAAGUGAAUACCAAGAUUUUAAUCUUGUGCUUAAAACACCAGAUAUUUAUCCAAGGGACAACGUGUUUUCUAGCCAGCACAUCUGUUUGUACAGCCUCAACAGCAAUUUUAAAUAAAAUAGAGAACAAAUUAUUUAGGGUACUAGGAUUUAUCCUUUUGCCUUAAUCAUCCACGUUCAUUAGGAAAAAUUUAUUGUGCUUAAUAAUACUGAGACUAAGAACCAUAACCAAGAAAUGCUAAUAUAAAAAUUGUUCCUUGUUUCAGGAAUGGUUAAUUCUUCAGUAUUGGCAGGAUAAUGACUGUUUAUAGUGCUUUGGAAGUGGAAACAUCAGUGUGAAAAAAACUUGGAUAUAUUAGCCAUGUAAGUGACCUGAUUGAUAGCACGUGUAUUAAGACUCUCAUCUUCCUACACUUAGGAGGCUCAUUCUUGAGAUAUUAUCAAAUACUACAUUUUACUGAUGAAUAAGUAAAUUGGAAUUUGAAAAAUAUUAAUACUACCAUGAGUUAAUACACAUCUGGGUUUAUGUAACUGAAGGUUUUGAUGGUUUAAGACCAUUAUUUAAUAAUGAUAAGGAUAUGUGAACCUGCAUAUAUUUAGGAAAAGAAAUUUGAGGCCCAGGUAAUAUAUUUGGUAGUCCUAAUUUUUUAAUUAAUGCACUGCACUUUUGAUGUCUCAAAGUUACAAGCCUGUAAUUAUUUUAUAAAAGGAAAUAAUUGUGAACUAUUUGGACUCCUCACUUGUAUAGGUGACUUUGUUUUGAAAUCUCCUUCUCCUUCUCCUUCCUUUUUCCCCAAUUCCUCUGCAUAAAGAUUCAACAAAUACUUUCAUGAAGAAAUUUGUGUUAUAAAUAUAUUGGGAAAAUGUGGUUUGUAAAGGCAUUCUAUAAACUAUUUAUGCAAAAUCAAUAAAGUGUGAUAAUUACUGUUAUUAAA